AGCUAGCUAGUCGUGAGUCGCGCGAGCCCCCAUCGUUUGAGGAGUCAAGAGGUCAAAGUUUGAACUAAGUUACCGACUAAAUCUGGUUAAUAAUGACGGAACGAAACGGUUAUAGCAUUGAAGACAUGAUUAACGCGAAGCAACUACCAAAAGAUGCAAAAUUGCAGGAACCUAAACUUGAACAGUUGAUGGACAAGCUUAGGAUGCAGCGACGAGGUAAAAACAUUCUUCAGGAUGAAAUUAAAGAUCUGAAGUCUGUCAGUGACUCACUGCAGAAGGAACUGGAAAAAUUACAAACUGAAGCUGACCAGCUGGACAGAACAUAUAAAGAAAAAGAAGAGUUGUACAGGAAGCUGCAGUUCCAGUGUGAAGAAUCUGAGCAGGAAUCUGAUAGACAGAAGAAGCAAAGCGAGGAGUGCGAGGAGCAGCUAGAACAGUACAGAUGUGAAAUCCAGGAAGUGAAGCUUAAACACAGGAAGCUGCGGAUGAAAUUUGAAAAGCAACUUCAGCAAAUGAUUGAGCAACACAAGCAGCUACACUCUGUCUUUGCCCCAGAGACACUCCCGACUGAACUGGAGAAUGCAGAAAAGACUAUAAGUCAGCUGUUGUCAGCAGAAAAAAUGAAAUUGGUUCAGCUGCACAAACUUGAUGAGGAGCUACAGGAGAAGAAGAAACAACUGAAGGACAAAGCAGCUGGGGACAGCAGCUGCACUGACUGAGUCAACCUGCUUACUCACUGGUAGUUUUUAGUAGUUAAAGGUAAAGUUUUCUUUUUUUCCCCUGAACUUUGUUCCAAGUCUGCACUAAAACAGAAAUGCUAAAUUUCAUUAACAUCAGCUUCUGAGUUUCUUCAGCCUGACGGUUGAAGAAUCCUCACUCUCAACCUGUUCAUUAAUAUUAGCUACAUCACCUGUUGGCUUGUUAAAGUUUGAUUAGCUCAGCAUUGUUUUUAAAUGUUUUCACUGUGUUUUGUUACGUGAGAAACUAGUUUAAUAUCUUUCUAUUCUAGAACAUUUCUGAUAGAUUUAGGUAUCAAACCUGAAAUAUUUUAAAUUUUGAGAUCUGUUAAAGGCAGCUGUUCAUCUCCGGUGUGACCAUAAUAAAAAUAUUUUAAAUUUUUAUAUUAAAGUGUUAAUUUAUUUUAAAAAUCAUAAAGCUUUUUAAUUGUUGCUGCAACUUUGGAAUUAUGUAAAAACAGCACGAAGCCUCUAAUUUAGAUAUUUUAACAGUAUUUCACUGAAACACACACCUGUUGAGAUACAAACA